UGUUCUCACAAGAGUUCCUUUUACUGAUAUUACUCUAUAAAUACUGCCUCUACACAUUUUCUUGCACCAAACCUCAUCAAACCCAUUCAAACCUAUCAGUUCUUCACUCUUAAACCCCUUUCAAUUUCCAAAGCCAUCAUCAUGGGUGUGAUCACUUAUGAUAUGGAGGUCACUUCCUCAAUCUCUCCGGCCAAAAUGUUCAAGGCCUUUGUCCUCGAUGGCGACACCCUCAUCCCUAAGGUUUUGCCACAAGCAAUUAAGAGCGUCGAAAUCAUCGAAGGAGAUGGAGGAGCUGGAACCAUCAAAGUGAUCACUUUCGGUGAAGGCAGCCAAUUCAAGAGUGUGAAGCACAAGGUUGAUGGGAUUGACAAGGAGAACUUAACCUACAGUUACAGCAUAAUCGAAGGCGAUGCUUUGAUGGGUGUUCUUGAAUCGAUCUCUUACGUUGUCAAAAUCAAUUCUCAUGCUGAUGGAGGAUCCAUCUGCAAAACUAGCAGCACAUACCACACCAAAGGGGAUGUCCAGAUCACAGAAGAGCAAAUCAAGGAAGGAAAAGAAAAGGCACUGGGAAUGUUCAAGGCUGUUGAAGCCUACCUCUUGGCAAAUCCUGAUGCUUAAGAACUCAAAACCUCUUGGAUAUCUAUCUGUGUAUUGAUAUAUGUUUUCUCAAGAGUGUGGCUUUGUAUAAUUAGUUAAAGAUGUGGGGCUUUCUACGUUUUUUCCUCCCUGCUUGAUAUUAAGUAUGUUUUGGUUGUGACUGUCAAGGUGUUUGUUUUGCUGGAUUAA